AUGUGCAAACACAUUCUCAACGCCCAAGUCUCCAUCCGGUCGCCAUGCUGUCGAAAAUGGUUCGACUGCGCCGAAUGCCACCGCGAACAAGAAAAGCACGAACUCCUCCAGAGCUUCGAAAUGGUAUUCGCCUGUAAAAAGUGCAAGAAGUGCUUCCGCAAGGACACCCAGGAGUUCGACGAGAGCGACGAGUACUGCCCGCACUGCGAUAACCACUUUGUCAUUGAUGCCAAGACCCCCAAGGCGGCGCUGUCAGUGGAGAGUGAGGAUGUGAGAGUCAAUAAUAAGAUGCUGAGAGACGAGCGAGUCAGACAGAAGGACUAUCGAAACAUGUUUGACCCAGACGAGGAUGCGGAUAGACUGGGCUAG